UAUAGUAGCAAGCCCCUUUAUUCCCCGAAAAUGCAUGUAAUCACUUAUACAGACAACUGGGAGGUCACGGUAACAAUUUCAUAUACUAUUCGAACCGGGGUCCUGUGAAAUAAAGCGCAGCGCUAAAUGUAAGCACUUUCUCUCACUUCUAGAUAAUGGAAACGAGCAGCGCUGUGUAUUUCUACAGGAAGCAGUAUUAACGGGUCAGGCGGUGCUGUAGCUGCGCUGUGCUGUGACGGCAGGUGCUGUGUGUGUGUAGCUGGUGCCUCAGUGAUGGAGCAGUGUGCCUGUGUGGAGCAGGAGCUGGAAAAGGUCCUCCACAGGUUUGUGAUGUACGGACACCUCUCGGAGGAAAGCCUGGACGAGCUGCUCCGAUACGUGUCCGAGCUCCGAGGGCAGCUGGUCAAUUCAGGUCUGAAAGAUUCGGACUUGGACGGUCAGUUCUCCCAGGCGAUGGGCCGCUGCUGUAAGAAUAUUAAGGAUACAGUGCAGAGGUUGGCUUCCAGCCACAAAGACAUCCAUGGCAGCGUUUCUAAAGUGGGGAAAGCCAUUGACCGGAAUUUUGACGCAGAGGUGAGUGCGGUGGUGGCAGAAAACAUAUGGGAGUCCCGUGAGAAGCAGAAGUGCCUGAGUGAGUCCAUCGUGGAGCACCUGUACCGACAGGGCAUGCUGAGUGUGGCCGAGGACCUGUGCCAGGAGUCUGGGGUAAUCAUUGAUAGGAGUAUGAAGCAGCCCUUUCUGGAACUGAACCGAAUUUUAGAGGCUUUGAGAAUGCAGGACCUCAGACCAGCCCUAGAAUGGGCGAUUGCAAACAGGCAGCGUCUCUUGGACCUUAACAGCACCCUGGAGUUCAAGCUGCACCGGCUCUACUUCAUCAGCCUGCUGAACGGGGGGAUCAAGAACCAGGUGGAGGCUCUACAAUACGCACGCCACUUCCAGCCCUUCGCUGCACACCACCAGAGAGAUAUCCAGGUUCUGAUGGGCAGCCUGGUGUACCUGCGUCACGGCAUUGAGAAAUCGCCCUACCGCAACCUGCUGGAGACCCAACAGUGGACAGAGAUCUGCAACAUCUUCACCAGAGACGCCUGCGCGCUUCUGGGGCUGUCUGUGGAGUCGCCUCUUAGCGUCAGCUUUGCUUCAGGUUGCAUGGCGCUGCCUGUCCUGAUGAACAUCAAGCAGGUGAUUGAGCAGAGACAGUGCACAGGAGUUUGGACACACAAAGAUGAGCUUCCGGUCGAGGUCGACCUUGGUAAGAAGUGCUGGUAUCACUCUGUGUUCGCGUGCCCCAUUCUCCGCCAGCAGACCUCCGAGACCAACCCCCCCAUGAAACUGCUGUGCGGGCACGUCAUCUCCCGCGACGCCCUCAACAAACUCAUGAGCGCCGGAAAGUUGAAAUGCCCAUACUGCCCAAUGGAGCAGAACCCUUCGGACGCUAAGCGGAUCAUCUUUUGAAGAUGCAGGGAUGCGCAGUGAGAUAGGAUUCAGGUUGUAAUUCACUGGAGAUUCAGGGCCCACCUUUGCCGGCACAAGUGUUGCCUUUUGUAUCGGCCAGAGGCCGUGCCUUGAGAGUGAUCUGCACCUUCCUGUCUCCGAGAUCGAAUUAGUUUUAAAAGAGUUGUCUGCUAGGGUUGAACCAACAGGCAGAGUUUGAUGAUGUAAUGCAUCAAUCAAUGUAUUCAUCGGUGUAAAAAACAUUGAAAGAAGUAUAAGCGUUCAAGCUGUACUUUCUGUAUUUCAGGGAAAGUAAAAAUGAAAUAGCAGUUGCUUUGUCAGGUACCCUUGUAUGUAAAACCUAGCUAUCCUAACAUAAGCCACUCGCUUCUUACACUGGUCUGAAUGUGCCACCUCCCCCAUUGUUGUAUUGAAUUGGCAUGAAGAGAUUGAGAGGCACCCGUGCCUAAUAAUUAUGGUCACUGCACAUAGAAGGGUCUCCAGCACUGAACCACGUAGAAGGGGUGGCUCAUUUUAGACAGGCUGCAAGUCAUUAAGCUGUCAAAUAGUGCAGUUCUGUUUUGGCACCAGAUAUGUGUAUACUAUUAACGGCACAGUUGUUUUUACAGAUCAUUCAAAAGUCUUGCACGCAAGAAGGUAUCAAACACCUGAAAACCGCUGUGUGUUUCACGGUUUGAUUUGUUCUUGGGAUCACUUGUAGUGUUCAUGUAUUUUCCAGCAAGUUAGGUAUUGCCUUAUGAAAUAAAACUAAAGUUUAGUGUUAAAGGUUUGAUUCUAUAGGACCAGAGAGGAGAUUAAGCUAUGCUCAUUCUUAUACAAGCAAGCAUUAAAAAAAGUUUAAAAAUAAACAUUAAAAUAUGUUAGAUGCCCAGUAAUUUAAUUUCAGUCUCCACUUUUUAAGUUAUACAUUAUAGUAGUAAUUUUUUUAUAAACAAUUGUCAAAUUCACAUUCAGUAGAGGACAAGGAGCCAGUCAAUAUUCAUAUGAAUGUCGUUUUUCACUCGCAGUCCAUUCUGUCGUCCUUUGACUGGCACAGUGAGAAGUCAUGCCACAUGGUUCUGCUGUAUCAUUACUUCCAUUGUUAUUUGUAUGGGCAUGCUGUGGUAUUUACACAUGUAUUUCAGUACUGUGGUGUACAAUCCUCCACGCAGUGAGGUGCAAAAUGAAUCGUUGAUGCUCCCUGCACUUUACAAUAGAAGGAUCACUGUUCUUUAUAAAUUAGACUUCCGGGACUAUAUUCUCUGUAUGUUUUGAUCUUAGCAAAAUAUAUUUUUUUUUCUGUAAAUCGUCUGCAUUUUAAUAUUAUUAACCCAUCUACAUAAGUGCUUUAUAAAUGCAUACAAUGAAGGAACUAUUCUUUCAUGCUUGACAGGCAGCCAGUCUCUUCUUGCCUCACAAGCUGUUAUGUCUGUAGCUGUUGUAUGCUGGUGCAGUGGGGUCGCACAGCUCAGCAUCAUGUACGUUUGCAUGUGUCUGUCACUAUUGCAUUCUUAAUAUCCAGCCUUAUUGGCAUAGUAAACGAUCUCUGACUCCAUCGUCUACAGUGCCACCCACAGGUUUUCAAGGACCAGUGUGCAGUUUUUGGACAGAGAGGACUCCAGUGGUAGAAUGGUUAAGGGUUCUCAUAUUCAAUGUGUGAUUUCUGUGUAUAAUAAUGGUAGUAUGAAAGCUGCUGUUCUUCAUUUGCCACCACUGUUUACAUGUAUGUUUCACACAUGACCACAGUCACAAUGUGCAUUGUUUUCAUGGGAUAUAGAAAGCUCCCCCUGCUUUUCCAAGUGUAAGCACAUGUUCCAGCUUAAUAGGAGGCAACUAGAAAAGCAUAGAUCUCACAACUGCAUUGGAGUGGGUCUGUGUUUCUCUUGUUUGUGUCCAGUCUGGUUUUGCUGCUUGCUAUAUUUAAGUGUGUGUUUCUGCUAUCUCUGUAGUCGCUGUAAAGCAAGACGCUUCAUGCAGUCAACACUUGCCUUUGUGCUGUCACUUGGUGCCACCUGGGCUAAAAAAAACAGACACCUUUUAAAGUUUGGAGCUUUGCAAAGACAUUUUAUACCUGAGCAUUAAUAUGUAGCAACUGUGCAUUGUAAGACAAAAAUAUGCUUUUUUUUCUGGUUAUGUUUAUGUUAGUGCAAUUUUUAUUGUAAAUAGUUAUCCUUUAGUAGUCUGUUUCAUAUUAUACAUGCAUCUUAAAUACAAAUAAAACACAAAU